GUCACAAUAAUGGCUGCUGCGCAUGUCUCAGUCUCUGAGGAGGUCGUCCCAGCUGCAUUUAGCCUCCCUGAGAUGCACUCAGAACCUAUCAAAAUAACUCAGUGAGGCAGAAGACGCUACCAGCUGUAGGCCCCCGAGAGCUGGGAUUUUAACUAAGCAAAGAAAAUCUCCAACGGGGUGACCUUGAAUGUCUUUCUUGUUUUUCUUCAAUUGGAGAGACAGAAGAUCACCUCGUGAGCCAGUACCACCUUCUGCACUCGUACUGGGAGAGGCAGGUGGUAAGCCACCUUUGAGACAAAUUGCCAAAGUAUGAGCAAGUUUAGAACUCGAGGAGAGAAGAAUCUGAACCAUGUCAUCAAUUGCAUGGAGCACAUCUGACUGCUGUCCAUCUCCACAUCUGCUGAUCUGCUGGCAGGGAUGCCAACCGUUUCUCUCAUCUUCUCUCUUAUGUGCCAGUAUCCCUGCAGAUUUUACACUUAGCAAGUUCAUGAGCAAGGUCAGGCCUACUGGUGCUGUGUAGUAUACAAAUCUCACCUAACCCCUGAAUUCUGAAUCAGAGUUUAACAACUUGAAGAAUUCCUGUUAGCAUUUAUCGUAAGGCAUGUUUAGUGGUGAUGAAUUCCCUCAGCACUGCCUUCAGUUCUGAAGAACAACUUUCCUAGGGAGAUAGAGGCUGGGGUGUUCUACAUUGCCUUUUUGGCGCUGUAACUCCAUUCUCUUCAAGACUAUUCAAUGGUUUCAGUUACCCACAGUCAGCUGCGGUGCAGAAGCAGAUGAUCCUCCUUCUGAGCUAUCAUCAGGAGGUCAGUAGUGGCCUAAUGCUACAACACGAUGCCUACAUCAUUCACUCCACCUCCUCUCAUCAUGUAGGCAUUUUAUCAUCUAACAUCAUCACAAGAAGGGGAAGGACAGAUCUCUGCCAUGUGGCUGUACCCGGCGGCCCUUGUGGGCCUGUGCUACCUCCUGCGCUGGUACCGGGAGAGGCAGGUGGUGAGCAACCUCCGAGACAAGUACGUCUUCAUCACGGGCUGUGACUCGGGCUUCGGGAACCAGCUGGCCAGGCAGCUGGACCUGCGAGGCUUGAGGGUGCUGGCCGCGUGUCUGACGGAGAAGGGGGCCAAGCAGCUGAGGGACCAGACGUCAGACAGGCUGGAGACGGUGAUCCUGGAUGUGACCAAGACAGAGAGCAUUGCUGCAGCCACCCAGUGGGUGAAGGAGCGCACAGGGGACAGAGGCCUGUGGGGUUUGGUGAACAAUGCUGGCAUUGGUGUGCCAGCUGCACCGAAUGAAUGGCUGACCAAAGAUGAUUUCUUGAAAAUAUUGAACGUGAACUUGAUCGGCCUCAUCGAGGUGACCCUGAGCUUGCUUCCCCUGAUCAGAAAGACCAGGGGAAGAGUAGUCAAUGUUUCUAGCCCAGCUGGGAGACUAUCUGUGCUUGGUGGUGGCUACUGCAUUUCCAAGUUCGGUGUAGAAGCUUUUUCUGACAGCCUGAGAAGAGAGCUUUGUCCCUUUGGCGUUCGUGUUGCUAUCAUAGUACCCGGGAACUUUAAAACAUCCAUUUGCCCUGACAAUGUACAGGAUCUACUCAAGGGGCUCUGGAGCCAAGCGCCCCCAGAGGUGAAGAAGAGCUAUGGAGACAAGUACUUCGAAGGCUGUAAGUUCUUCCUGGACCCCCACAGAGCAAGGCUGGCAAAGUCAUGAACUUCAAAAACCUUGAGUGCUUGCUAUGUGCCGGCUGGAUUCCAAUCUCUCUUGCUGCGCCUCCUGCCUUGCUCAGGCCAUGGCUUUCCCUUGAGCCCCACACCCACUCAAUACACAUGAGCUCUGUGCCAGGCCCUGUGGAAGAAUUAACUCAGCCAAUCCUCACCGCCCGAGAGGGAAAGUGCCUUUGUUAUUCCUCAUUUACAGAUAAGGAAACUGAGGCCUGAAAUGGCGAGUGAUUUCCCAAGAUCACUCAGCUAGUCAGUGGAGAAGUGAUGAAGUGAACCCUGGCAAUGUGGUUCCAGGCAACUGUAGGCCAAAAGAAAUAUAAAGCGAGCCGCAAAUGCAAGCCACAUACGUCAUUUUAAUUUUUCAAUUUGCCAUAAAAAAGGCAACGAACAGGUGAAUUUAAUCCAGAAUAGACUCUACCCAGAACACCAUCAUUUCAACAAGUAAUCAACAUAAAACAUUGUGACUGGGGGCCGCCCAGGUGGCCUGGCAGUUAAGUUUGCGAGCUCUGCUUCAGUGGCCUGGGGUGGCCCAGCUGGCAUCCCCGGCCCUGCUUAUCAAGCCAUGUGGUAGCAGGUGUCCCACAUAUAAAACAGAGGAAGAUGAGAAUGGAUAUUAGCUCAGGGCCAAUCUUCCUCAAAAGAGAAAAAUUGUGAUUGAGAUAUUCCACAGUUUUUCUUCAUACUGUCUUUGAAACCCAGUGUGAAUUUUUACAUGUAUUGCACAUCUCUAUCUGACUGAUCACAUUUCUUGUGCUCAAUUGCCACAUGUGGCUCGUGGCUGCAGUACUGGACAGCACAGCUACAGGGCCUGUGCUCCGAGCCUGGCACCCUGCCUCCUCUCACCCAGUGACCACCCAGUAUCAGACCCGGAACACAAGGCCAUCCUCUUCCUGGCCUGCCCUCUCCCACUCCUCCAAUACUGUUUGUACCCGUAUUUUCUCCUGCUUUUCAUAUCAACUUGUUACUACAGUUCUAACGGUUUUUCUCUAUAACAGAUUGCCAGUAUUACAAUAAACUCACAUCUCUAGGACAGAAGGAUCUGAGCCUGGUCACCAACUGCAUGGAGCACGCCCUGACCGCCGUCCACCCUAGUAUCCACUACUCUGCUGGCUGGGACGCCGUA